AUCCACCAAAAGCGAACUAAUCGUCAGCGAAACGACAACGCGGAUCUCUUCCAGUUAAUUUAAUAAUAAAUCACAAAGAUUUCCUUCGAAAAAUGCAGUUUAAACUGUACGCGGUCCUUUUGGCCAUUGGCCUGAGCGAAAUCCUGGCUGUGCCGGCACCCUCGCUGGUGCUCACCCAUCCGGAUACGAACUUCAUGCAGUUCCUGAUGCAGUCCCGCGACAUUUCCAAUGAUGGAGCCCAUUCCCUGGAGUGUCUCAGCUACUACACCCCGCUUUUGAACGGGGCUGUGGAGAAGUACAAUAACGACUUCAAGGCCUGCCUGGACGAGGCAUCUCAGCAGGUGGCAGCCAUCGAUGAUGACACCAAGGAGAACCGCGUCCUUAUUGACAACUCCGCUACAGAGUCCUGCCAAGCUCUAGAGGCCUGCAGCAAGCUAACCGCCGCCGAGGAGUAUUUCCAGUGCUACACCGGAGCGGGCGCCUCCAAUGCCAAGUCAAUGUUCACCAUCUCAGCCAAUGCCUCGGAGCUGCUGGCCUACGUCCAGGAGGAGGUGCGUCUCAUCCAGGUGAGCGAGUUCGCUUGCACCAACAAGACCCAAAGGACCUACGCCGAGGACACCGCCGACAUCUACGAAUCGUUGAACCUCUGUUUCGCUGGUGCUCCCAUCCCGACGGAGACUAGCUCAACGGCUGCUCCCGAAACCUCGUCGUCUCUGGAUCCGGAGUCCUCAACUGACUCCUCAUCCUCCGAGCCGGUAUCAUCAAGCACUGUUGAGCCAGAAUCCUCCAGCUCCGCGACUCCUGAAUCCUCCACUGAUUCCUCGACUGUCGAGCCAGAGUCUUCAAGCUCCGCUGCUCCUGAACCCUCCACUGAUUCCUCGACUGUCGAGCCAGAGUCUUCAAGCUCCUCUGCUCCUGAACCCUCCACUGAUUCUUCAUCCGCUGAGCCAGAAUCCUCCAGCUCUGUGGCUCCUGAAUCCUCUACCGCCGACCCGGAGUCUUCCAGCUCCACUGCUGCCGACUCUCCCGAGGAAGACUUGAAGCAGAUUUACACUGGCAACAGCAACCAGAACCUUCAGAACAUUCUGAACAAUCUGCAGAAAUGGUUGAAAACCCAAUAAGCCCAAAGUCUACUAUUAUGUACAUAUAUAAUCGAAGCAAAAAUAAAAAAUAAAUAUACA